CAGCAUUUCGCGAUGCGCAAAGCUCCAAGUAACAGUAGAUACUUCAUUACCGCAAGAUGCCUCUCGAUACGUCAACAUACUCAUUAGCGCUCCUGCGCGUCGACGGAAGAAGAUGGAACGAACUCCGUCGUCUGCAUGCUCAAAUCCGAACUCAAGAUGCUGCUGACGGUUCAUCAUAUCUUGAAAUGGGCCAUACAAAAGUCAUGUGCAUCGUGACAGGCCCUUCAGAGCAGCAGGUUCAAAGACGUGGUGGACAGCAAGCUCCUCGCGACACAGCAGCUAUCAACGUCAAUGUUGUAGUAGCGGGUUUUUCGAGCGUGGAUCGAAAGAAGAGAGGGCGCAAUGACAAGCGCAUACAAGAGAUUGAAACGACGAUUGCGAAUGCGUUUACUUCGAAUUUACAUACACACCUGUUUCCUCACUCUUCCAUCACAAUCUCGCUUCACGUUCUAUCGCAAGACGGAUCCCUCCUCGCCGCUCUUCUCAACGCAACGACCCUCGCCCUCAUCGACGCUGGUAUUCCAAUGACAGAUUAUAUCGCCGCCUGCACAGCAGGAUCGACCUCAACAUACGCCGCGGGCGACGACACAGCCGAUCCUCUCCUUGAUCUAAACAACCAAGAAGAGCAAGAACUACCCUUCUUGACAGUCGCGACGCAAGGUGAUACCGAUCAGGUUGCUGUACUCGUAUGCGAGAGUCGUGUGCAAGUUAGCAGGUUGGAGGGAAUGUUGGUCGUCGGUGUGGAUGGUUGUAAGCAGGUAAAGCAGUUCUUGGAUCAGGUUGUUAAGGAUAAGGGUGCUGAGAUGGUGAAGGAGGGUGCGGUGGAGAAGAACGAUGCUAUGGGGAUGGAUUUGGAUGAUUAGAUACCAUGUGCAUUGGGUCAUAGAAGUGUUUGGAGU